AUGUCAACUAGAAAAUAUGAAUCUGGUUGUGCAAAAAGAGAGAAAAAGAGAAAAGCUGAAGAAUUUAUUAAAUCCCAAAAAGGAGCACUUGAUAGAUAUUUAACUAAUAAUAAAAAUAUUGAUUCGGAAAAUAUAGGAGGUUGUUCUUCAAAUGAACAAGUCACUAAUAGAGUUGAGUUAGAUGAUAAUAACAUUCAAGAAGAAAAUAUAGAAGAAGUUAAUGAGAGAUCUGAUAUAGUUCCAGAAACUCAAAAACUCCUAAAUAAUUUAAAUAAUUGCAUCCCUAAAAAUUUAAACGAUCCAAGUCAAUGGGAUACUAUAGACACAAAGUUGAGAGAUCUAUUAGUAGAAAAGGGACCAAUUAGAAUAACUGACAUAAAUUUUCCAAAGGAUAAAUACUCAAGACAUUUUUCUACAACACGUUAUAUUCAAAAAUUGGCAAAUGGGGAAAGACAUGAAAGAAAAUGGUUAGUUUGCUCAAAAGAUUUAGAUAAAGUCUUUUGUUUUUGUUGUAAAUUAUUUAGUACAACUUCUAGUACUUGUAACAGUAAACUAGCUAGUGAAGGUAGUAAUGAUUGGAAAAAUCUUAGUGCUAAGCUCAAAGAUCAUGAAGUAACAAACGAGCAUAUUAUUAAUAUGGUUGCGUGGGUUGAUUUAGAAAUGAGAUUGCACAAAAAUAAAACAAUUGACAAAAAUUUGCAAGAACAAAUUAAUAGAGAUAGGGCGCACUGGAAAAAUGUACUAUCAAGAAUUAUUGCCGUAAUCAAAACUCUCGGGAAAAAUAAUUUGGCGUUUAGGGGAAACAAUGAAAAGAUUUAUCAAGAAAAUAAUGGAAUUUUUUUAAGCCUAAUUGAAAUGAUUGCAGAAUUUGAUCCAGUUAUGCAAGAACAUAUUCGGCGAAUUAAGUAUGAAAAAAUCCAUAAUCAUUACCUUGGACAUAAUAUACAAAAUGAAUUAAUAAACUUGUUGGCAAGUGAAAUCCAUAAUAAAAUUAUUGAAAAGGUUAAAGAAACAAAGUACUUUUCAAUCAUACUUGAUUGCACUCCAGAUGCAAGUCAUCAAGAACAAAUGUCUUUUAUAUUGCGGAGUGUGGAUAUUUCAAAUACUCCAAUAAAAAUUAAUGAACAUUUUUUUGAGUUUUUAAAAGUGAACGAUACGAGUGGAAAAGGUAUUUUUGAAGUUAUUAUAGAUGAGAUAAAAAAUAUUGGACUUGAUAUUGAUAAUUUAAGAGGACAAGGAUAUGAUAACGGAUCCAAUAUGAAGGGAAAACAUCAAGGAGUUCAAAAAAGACUUCUCGAUGUAAAUCCUAGAGCAUUUUAUACACCUUGUGGUUGUCAUAAUUUAAAUUUAGUACUUUGUAACAUGGCUAAUUCUUGUACGAAAGCUAUAUCAUUUUUUGGAGUGAUACAACGUAUAUAUACGCUAUUUGCUUCUUCUACUAAGCGUUGGAAUAUUUUAAAAGAUUUUAUACCCAACCUAACUCUUAAAUCAUUGUCACAAACACGUUGGGAAAGUCGUAUUGAAAGUAUUAAAGCAUUAAGAUUUCAAGCACAACAAAUAAGAGAUGCUUUAUUGAAACUAGUAGAAGUUAGUGAGGAUCCAAAAACUAAAAGCGAAGCUACUUGUUUAGCAACAUAUGAGCUUGAAAAUUUUGAUUUUUUGUUGGGGAUGACUAUUUGGUGUGAUAUAUUAUUUGCGGUUAAUUCAAUUAGUAAAAGCUUACAAUCUAAAGAUAUGCAUAUUGAUGUUGCCAUAGAUCAGCUAAGAGGUCUAAUUUCUUUUUCUUUUUUUAAAUAUAAAGAAGAAGGAUUUGCAAUUGCUAUGAUUUCUGCUAAGGAAAUUGCAUCUGAGAUGAAUAUAGAACCUGAAUUUCGUAAGAAACGCGUAAUAUUUAGAAAGAAACAAUUUGAUGAAAAUGUUGAUAACGAAGUCACAAAGUCUCUUGAAGAAUCUUUUAGAGUUGAUUACUUCUUAUAUAUAGUAGACCAAGCCAUUUUGUCACUUCAAAAUAGAUUUCAACAAUUUGAAGCAUAUGAAAAUAUUUUUGGUUUUCUAUUUAGUGGUAAAAAAUUGAGAUCACUAGAUGAUGAGAGUUUGAAAGAGUAUUGUCUUAACCUUGAACUUUCUUUAACACAUAAUAGUUAUUCUGAUAUUGAUGGUUUAGAUUUAUUUUUUGAAUUAAAAGUGUUAAGAGAAAUAAUACAAGUAGAAGAUAAUGAUCUAAUCGAAAUACUCAAUCAAAUAAAAAGACUUGAUUCUUUUCCAAAUACAUAUAUUGCUUAUAGAAUAAUGUUAACGGUUCCUGAAUAUUUGAGCCAAACUCACGGAAGCCUAAGUAAAUUGGGAAUAUACUGUCAAAAGCAGCUCGUUAACAAGCGAGGAGUUAAAGCACCAAAUAUCACUCCAGCGAAAACUGAAACGAGGAGACUGAAAAGUAGAGGCAGCUUUCAAUCUCUCUCUCAGCGGACCCUGCUACAGAGAAAACUGAAGCGAAGAAACUGUGAAAAGUUGAGGCAGCUUUGGAUCUCUCUCUCUCUCUCUCUCAGCGGACUCUGUUACAGAAAUGUUGAGGAGGUUUCAAGUGCAGUUUACUUGAUUACAAGUUGCCCUAAAUUACAGGAUCUUGCAAUUGAAUGUGUAAGCACUCUCAUAUUUUCUCAUUAA